AUCAUCGUAAAUGAAGAGUCGUUGACUACACGGGAUUUGAUGUGUCAAGAGGCGACGCAAAAUGUAUCACAUAUUGUCCGGCACGAUGCUCGUUCGUACAAACGCGAUUAGAAUUAAAUAAAACUAUUCUCUUUAUUUCUCGCGAAUAAUAAGCGUUACGUAAUCGGUAAUAAGUGUCCAUCAUUUUUUUUUUAUGAUCUCAUUUCGAUUCUAUAAUUAAUUUGACCUUCGAUGUUAGACAAAGCCUUCUUUCCGAGACUACGCCAGCAGAGUUCAGUUUCUUUCGCACGAACAUUCAAUUAAACGCAAUUGGAUCAUUACGACACUUUAUACACAAUAGCUAUUAACGCGGUUUAGUAGAGGUUUUCAUACAUAGCAAAUAUCUCAGUAAAGAAACUGAAGCUAAAGGAAGAUUCAAAUUCAAAUAUAAUGUAAUAUUCAAACAACAUAUCUGAUUAGACUUCUACGAAAAACAAGCAGAAUUAAGUGACACCAUGCACGUGUUCAUUUGAUACCACAUGAUAAAAUAACCAUUGAGAGACACUGUCCACUCUGCACUACGAGUUAUCAUAAUAUUGUGUUACCAGUUGGUCAAAUUUUUCAAGGUAUGCACUACGCUGAACGAGUAAUAAUAAUGGUCAAUUAAUGAUAGCGUCUUUGUUACUCGAAUCGUUUAAAACCAUUAAGAUCGUCAUCUCUUCGCGCGGAGAAAUGGGACAGCAAGUUCAAAUCGCAAUUGGUCGCAGUAUUCGGUCACUAAAGGUGACAAUAUGAUGAAUAUUUCUCUCUUUUAAUAAACUGAAAAUUUCACUUAGAAUAUUAAUAACUUGAUUCGUUAUAUAGUACAUUACAUCACAAAACUGUAGAAUAAAGUUAGAUGAGCACCACAAAUCUUGGAAGACAGUCGACGUUUAAAAUUGUACCAUUAUAAUUUAUACAACAUUUAUGACUUUGUUGAUCUUUUUCGUUCCGCUGUAUUGUCACUGCACUUAUUUGCACGGUUAAUAAUAAUAUUAAAUGAGACUGAAAGGUGGAGUUCUAGAAACACCAAUUUUGCAACGUAGCAAAACGGUAAUCAGCAGUUUCUUACGAAGGUCUUUGAUACGAAGGAGCACUUAAAACACUUGCGAGCGAAAAAAGUGCGAGCCAGGCUGAAAUCAAUAUGACGUCUACAAAUUCCUGAAAAUCCAAACUUAAAAAUUUAUUCUUCAAUCGUAAAUUACAAUAUUAGAAGUACUGAAAUUGUAUGGUGCAAAAUAUUUGAGACACGCGUAGAUCUCUGAAAUGCAAAAGGGUGUACGCCCACGCAGACUGCUUUGAUCGACGAGACCAAGCGAUAAUUUUAAGGUGGGCAGUAUUUAAACCUAAAUGUAGUGAUAAAUGAUUAACGUGAAUGCGUCUAGAAAAUCGAUAGUCCUUUAUCGAAAGGUCACCUUGAAGAAGAGACGCGCCUUGCGUAGUACAGCCGAGGUUCGGUCACAUCGCGUCGUGACGGAAUUCUUUCGAAAGAACACAGCUCGCCAAUAUUAUCGCAUGUUAAACCAAUAAUUGUUUUGAACAUUCCUCUUUAAAAAAAAAGAAAACUCAAAUUAGCCGCUGAUUUAUGACUGUUAUGGCAUUCUAACUGAUAUACAUUAUCGCCAUACGUAGAAUGCAAAAUUCUACGAUCAACAAUUUAGCGUAUCGUUAAUAGGUUUUCCUAUUCCAAUUAUUACCGGUAUGUACAGUUAUUGCUUGGAGAAAACACAUUUUACGAUCUAUUGUACGUUAAAACGUUUAAAGAAGUGGGACUUGUUCUCAGUCACGAGUACCCACGAGAGAUGUUUGGCGUUCGGCCAUACAAACUAUUACGGUAGAGCCCCACAACGCCUCGGUGAUAAUAAUACAUAUAACAAUGUACAUCACGUGGGGAUAUAAAAACAAAUUGCCGCGGUUCUCUGAAGCAUAUGCUAACUGCGUAAAUUUUGUCAUUACCUGCUAAUAAGCUACAAGUGCGACGAAGUAUGUAUUUUUCGAUGUGCAACCAGUUAACUCUAGAAUAUUGACCUAUGAUCGGAACGAACGUUCAUUUGUUCUCCAACGCUACCGUGGGAUAUGAUCCACAGACGAGUAAUGGGAAUCAAUCGCAACAGCAAUUGCAAGCCGGUGGAUGGAAUGGAAUACCUGAAACUACGUUGGUCUCGCGAUCCGUCAGAAGCAACAGCAACGGAUGGAAUCCUCCGGUUUUAUCGCCGUUUCAACAGCAACAGGAACAACAGCAACAGUUACACGAACGGAAAAAGAAAGAAGUCAAAUCUGGGGAUCUGGCAGAUGACGAAGAUGGGGGUGGAGGGGGUGGAGGGCUGGAGGGGACGGACCCAGAGGAGAACAACUCUGUUCACCUCAAGAGACGGGUGGGACUCGUCAGUGGGGUGGCUCUAAUCGUCGGUACCAUGAUAGGUUCCGGGAUAUUCGUUUCGCCGUCAGGCCUUUUGAUUCGAACCGGUAGCAUUGGAAUCAGCUUCCUCGUAUGGACUGCCUGCGGUUUGUUGAGCCUGUGCGGCGCGUUGGCUUACGCCGAGCUGGGUACGAUGAAUACGAGCAGUGGCGCCGAGUAUGCCUACUUCAUGGACGCGUUCGGCGCACCCCCCGCUUUCCUCUUCUCGUGGGUCUCCACUUUGGUCCUGAAACCGUCUCAAAUGGCAAUAAUAUGCCUGUCGUUUGCUCAGUACGCGGUUGAGGCCUUUGCGGCUGACUGCGAUCCACCCUCAGAAGUGGUAAAAGUCGUCGCCCUCUUGGCGAUCAUACUCAUACUGUUAGUGAAUUGCUACAGUGUAAAUCUAGCGACAGGUGUGCAAAAUGCGUUUACCGCAGCCAAACUGAUAGCGAUACUCGUUGUGAUUGCCGGUGGCUCGUACAAGUUGAUACAGGGUAAUACGCAGCAUUUGAAAGGCGCUUUCGAUACGAUGGACGGUAAAACCGUGAACAUAGGCAGAUUGGCUACAGCGUUCUACACCGGGCUGUGGGCAUACGAUGGAUGGAACAACCUGAAUUACGUUACGGAAGAAAUCAAAGAUCCAUCGAAGAAUCUGCCGCGUUCGAUUAUGAUCGGUAUACCCCUCGUGACACUGUGUUAUGCGUUGAUAAACAUUUCCUAUCUGGCAGUGAUGUCGCCCUCGGAGAUGAUCGAAAGCGAAGCCGUAGCAGUGACUUUCGGAAAUCGGAUUCUCGGCGUUAUGGCAUGGCUUAUGCCACUGUCGGUUGCAAUCAGCACGUUCGGUUCCGCAAAUGGUACUCUCUUUGCAGCAGGUAGACUAUGUUUUGCCGCGUCCCGAGAGGGCCACUUGCUCGACUGUCUAAGUUAUGUGCACGUACGACGGUUUACUCCCGCGCCAGGACUUAUCUUUCAUUCCCUCGUCGCAGGGGCGAUGGUGCUGUCAGGAAGCAUAGAUUCCUUAAUCGAUUUCUUUUCAUUCACCGCUUGGAUCUUUUACGGCGGAGCGAUGUUAGCUCUGUUAGUGAUGCGAAGAACCAGACCAAAUCAUCCUCGGCCGUACAAAUGUCCGUUGAUAAUACCUGUCCUCGUACUCGGAAUUUCAGCGUACCUGAUUGUAGCUCCAAUCAUCGAUAAUCCUCAAAUCGAGUACGUGUACGCGGCCGGGUUCAUAUUUGCGGGCAUGUUUGUCUACCUCCCGUUCGUUAAAUACGGAUAUGUGCCGAAGUUUAUGGAAGGAGUGAACGCCUUCCUUCAAAUGUUACUAGAGGUUGCACCGACGGCUGCAGCCUUUGAUUGACCUCGACCGGACGCAGAAGCAGUAAUUCUCUGAAUGCCAAAUCAUUCCACAGUGGCAUGGUAAAACAUAUGAAUAUCUAUUUUAAAUAUGAAUAGACGAAGAUAUGUAUCCUGUUAUGAAAGCUCAAGGCUGGCCCAAAUGAAUUCACAAAUAUAUAAAAAUAUUAUUUUA